AUCACCGCCAUCGUCCGCCUCGUAGGCACCGUCGCAUUUGAGCAGCAAUGCCGGUACCAUUCAAUGCUUGACCGUUUCUUUUCAGGAAAAUAUAUCUUGCGGAUAACUAGAAGCCUGAAUUUGGGCCCCCACGCUACCUUCUCCUCGUGAUGAUUUUCAUCAGACCUGGUGACUGAAUUGCGCACGGGAGGCAGCGAAAUAUGAUUGCUCUGCGGCGCUUCUGCUUCGGAUAACCAUGUGCUCUUUCUUGUAUCUCAUCCGUCCAAAUGCUUUUUUCAGCGUCCUGCUAUAUUUUUCAGUCUAUUUAUUCCCUUAAGCUUCCUCACUUACCGGUCCCUCCCCUCGUGUCUCUUCUCUCUGCGUCUGUGUCCUCGAGCUCACCCCUUGUACCAUGGAAUCUGCUCGUGAAAGCAGUGGCAUAUACGACCAUGAUCCCGAUUUCGAAGGCUCGACCGCGUCCUUAGCUGGCCAUGCUGCCUUGCCGGCUGGUUCACGGUUUUCAGAGGGUCCAGAAAUCCUGAGAACGACAGCUGCCGGGGUGCCCGUCGGCCCUGAGCCUUCUCAAGGCACCCCGACCGCUCAACCAAGCGCGGCUGACCAGCCUGAUGCCUCCCCUCAGAAGGUGGCUCCUUCUAUGCCUUGGUACAAGACGCGCAAGUUCAUCAUUUCGCAAGCUAUCAUCAUUCCCUUAGGAAUUGCACUGCUUUUUAUUCUGCUCUUUCCUGUCGUUACCACCGUCGUUCAGUCGGUCGUCGAUAAAUCCGUCAUCAACGUCAAUGUCGCCUCUAUCACUGAGCUUCAGAACAACACAUUCAACCUCGCACUGAGUGGUGUUAUUACUCACACCGGCGUCAUAUCGGCAAGAAUCGAGUUUACCCAACCUACCGACGUAUAUUGGGUUCAGGACAACGGCACGGAAAUUCCCAUCGGAUCUAUGUGGCUACAUACACUUCUUGCCAAAGAUAAAAGAGCCGCCGUUGAUGAGCAGACCGUCUUUAACAUCAGCGACGAGGAUGCCUUUGGUAGUUUUGCUCAGCAUAUGAUUACCGGGACCAAUUUCACUUGGAAGCUUUCGAGCGACGACCUCAAAGUCCAAGCGGCAAAGUUUCCCUUGUCUCAUGGAAUCAAGUUCAAUAAAUAUAUCACCUUGAACGGAUUCAAUAGUUUCGAUGGUAACACCAAGCUGACGGAUUUGCAGCUUCCUAGUGACAACCCAAAUGGUGGCAUCAACUUUGUUACCAUCACGACACUGUUCAAUCCCAGCCCAUUUUCUCUCAAUCUGGGAACUGUAGUUUUCGAUCUCUUCUACAAAGAUAUUGCAUUGGGAGUGGGUACUGGUGAAGACACUAAGAUAGUUCCUGGCGAUAAUAAUAUAUCUUUGGGAGGGUACUUGAUCAGGCAUAAUUCCGCAGAUGAGCUUGUUGUCAUUUCGGAACUCUUCACCAACUAUCUCAAUGGUGACGACUCAACCGUCAUUGCCAAGGGACAAUCAACUCUGCAAAACGACGGCACCGCGAUUUCUUGGCUCACUAAGGGUGUGGAGGCACUAGAGUUGCAGAUCCCCUUCGUUUCCCUCCAAGGCGCCAUUAACCCGAUCCAGGCAAUCGAGAUCGGUGAUCUGGGUUUGCUAUUCGACACGUCCGUACCGUGGUCACCGAUAACGAACAGCAAGACGGUUCAAGCUCAGUUAGCACUACCCUUCGGGUUUUCUGUAUCUAUAGGACAGAUUCAGAAUUCAUUCAACCUCACUAGACCGGAAGGAGUUGUAGGAGGACUGGAUAUUCCUCUAGAUGCCUCCACCUCUCAUAUCAAGGUGUAUGGUGAAAAGAACACCUCUGGCCCAGUCGAUAUUGUUAUCACCGACACAAGACUGGCGACACCCGACCAUCCUGUAUUUGCUGAUUUUAACGUCAAUAUCACUAGUCACGCAGUAGUAGACUUUCAGAUUAUCGGCCACUCAAGGUCUAUCGCGAAUACGAGCAUUGGACAAAUAACAUUAGGUCCCAUCAAAUUCAAUGUCACGUCGUCACUGAAAGGCUUGCAAGGCCUGAAUGGCCUGACAAACAUCGAGGGCGUUGAUGUACGAGGCGGCACCGAAGACGGCAUCACUCUCAGUAUCAACGUGAUGAUCUACAACCCGUCCAAUUUGUACUUGCAGACCGGCGAUCUCCAUAUGCAAUUGAAACGUGAUGGCGUAGUGUUGGGUACGGCCCUUAUGCCCAACCUGACGCUAAAUAUGGGCAACAACACCGUUGUGGCACAGUCUACCUUUGCGGCAAACGAUAGCCCUCAAGGACUGCAGACGCUGGAUGACUUCGUUGGUCGGAAAGAUGUUCAACUCUCCAUUGUUGGUUACGAUGGAAGCACCGAGAUCGCUUCACUUUCGGACGCGUUUCGGACCCUUGACAUCGGGGUCGUCCUCCCGGGAUUGAACACGACCUUGUUGAAUCAAGCCGCUCUUGAAGUCCUAUCUACCACUGGACGAGAGAACAAUAUCAGUCACGUUUCCGUCAUCAUUCAGAAUCCUUUCACAGCAGCUCUUGGCAUUACGAAUAUCCGAUCGACCGUCAGCUCUGCUGGCCUGACUUUGGGAAUGAUUGAGUCUAGCAGUGCGUUCACCAUAGAUGGAAAAUCUACGGCCACAUCCCCUGAACUGGAUCUCAACAUGAAUAUGUCUCCGAGUGUUUUAUUCUCUCUGACUCGUAAGCUGGCGGUCGUCGCAGGUCUUGAUACCGCCCAAUUGGAUGGAAUCGUCAGCAUUGGGGGGAUCUCGUAUGUGGACGGAGUUGAUGCCUCUUCUUUGAGGGGCGAUACUCAGAGGAACAUAUACACCGGGUUCAACCUCCCUCAAUUUGUUCAACAGGCCUUUUCAAAGCUCGAAACCGACGUCAACCUUACGACUGGUUUGAAGAUUGGUGACUAUAGUACCACGCUCGAGUAUACGCAAAGUGGCGUGAAGACCAAUACCGAUGACUCGCUUGAUCUCAUACUGCCUAUCUUGGCUCAACCGAUUGUUCAGAAGAUGGUGUCCCAAUCACUACUUAGCAUCGACAAUGUCCUUAUUUCUGAUCCUCAACCAGAAUCUUUCAUUGCUGCAAUGACAGGAAGUAUCACCAAUGCAGGACCAUUUGAUGCUGUCAUCACAUUCCCAUCUGGUUUAUCCGUCUCGUGGAAUGGUAAGACACUGGGAUCUAUCGAGAUGGAUAACAUAACUGUAAUUGGUGAUACUGGGGCUGAUUUCAAUGUCCAGUCCCAGUUCGCCGUCGCCGAUGUCGAUCACUUAACCGAGUUCAUUAAAGUAUUGGUGACGGAGGAAUCCUUUGAAUGGAUCAUCUCGGGUGAAAAUUUGGCUGUCAGCACGCUGGGCAUCGAUGUUGACCAAAUUUCCUUGUCCGAUAAGACGGUCACAUUGAAGGGUAUGAAUAACCUGAAUGGUGGUGUCACGAUCACUGGCUUUAACCUGCCUGAGAAUGAUCCUGACGGUGGAAUUCAUCUCACUUUGGACGUCACUGCGACCAAUCCGUCCCAAGUCGGCAUUACCCUCGGUUCCAUAGGCUUUGAGACCUAUUUCGACAAUGUCAUAAUCGCUCCCAUACUUUCGGGGAAAGGCCUUACAUUGACACCGGGCGGCACUUCCAAUCUCUCUCUUGUCGGCCGUCUGAUCCCCCAGGACUCGGAUGAAGGUUUAUUGGCGGUCUCGACCUUGUUCAACAAUUUCAUUCAUGGAAAAGACAGUAAUGUCAUUGUCCACGGUGAUAGUGCAGGUCCUCAAGAUGUCAUCUGGCUGAACGAAGGCAUCAAGAGUCUGCAAGUGGCAUCAGUCCUUCCUAAUCAAGGUGUCCUAAACAUUAUCCAGUCUGUUGAUCUAUUGCAGUUGGAAAUAGACUUCACAGAUGAUACCGCAUAUAAUCCGGCGACAAGUAGCGAUUUUUCUCAGGCUGCGUUCACACUGCCUUUUGCCUUCCCCGUAGAUAUACAGGUGCUCGAACAGAACAUUAUUGUUGGUUAUGGUGGACAAGACUUCGCGCAGCUGAUGAUUCCGAAGUCACCAGCUAGCACAGACGUGGAUGCUCGCAUCAUCACAUUGUCUUUCAGCGACGUGCCUUUCACAGUCUUCGACAAUGCUCAUUCUGUCUUUGAUAGCUUCUUAGCAGCAACUACCAUGGGAUCUCAGGAAACCUUGACUUUGACAGGGUCAGCCAAUGCCGAUGCAAGUACCGCUGUUGGCCUACUCUCUUUCAGCGAAAUCCCAUUCUCCGUGGGAACUUCAAUCGAUGGCUUGCAAGGUCUCAAAGCACGACCUGUCACUGUCAGUGACCUGGAUGUUAACCAUGGUUAUCCCGGCUACCUGCUCAUCAAGGUUAACAGUAUACUUUACGAUCCCAGUAACUUGACUAUUGGCACAAGCGAUGUUUCCUUUUUGUUCUCCUACCAGAACCAAGUGAUUGGCACCUCUAAUAUGGCCGACAUGGUAAUCACACCUGGCAACGGGAGCUAUCUCACAGAUGUCCACUUUUUCCCGCAAGGAUCAGACGCAGCGUCGGCAGGACGGACACUCCUGGAAAAUUACAUACAAGGAGUCGACGCGGAAACCUCCAUUACCGGCAGUACAGAUUCUACCCCGAUCGAGUCUUUACAGACAGCGCUUUCUGAGAUUGUCCUGUCUCCCGUGACAAUACCUGCUAUGCACGACACGCUGAUCAAAAGUGCCUCCUUGACAUUCCCAAUCGAUGUUGUGGACACAGGCAUCGCUCAAGCAUCCUUCACUCUCGCCAAUCCAUUUACGGCUGGCAUCAAUCUGCUCACAAUCGGUGCCAUCGCGACGUAUCGAGGGCUGACACUGGGCACAAUCAAAGAUGUAGAUGUGUCAUCCAAUCCGAUACACGUUGACGGACACAGUAGCGUUAAUUCACAGUCGCUGGACAUGAAAUAUAACUUGGACCCGUUAACUAUUGUCCAGUUUUUGGGACUUACAGCUCAGGCCAACGGUGUCGAUCUCGGACCACUAGUUGACAUGUUCCAGCUACUUAUUGCCAAUCCAGACUACAAUCCUCCUGUCACAACGACUGUGGACACUCAAGCCUCCAGUUGCUCUAGCGGCAACCAGUUCGACGUCACAGGUGCGAUCAUAAAGGCACUUCAAAAUCUUCAAGUCGACCUCGCAAUUGAUUCGUCACUCAAACUCGAUGAUUUCGCAGUAGACCUGUCCUUCAAGCAAAACGGUGUCCCAGCCAUAACCGAUGAAACUGCCCUAUACCUUAUAGGUGCUGUCGCAGGACCUAUUGCACAAAAUCUAGUCGAUGCCUCUGUUCUUCAAUUUCUUGAGGCUGAUAUCUCAAAUAUCUCGAAUGACGGGCUGGAUCUUUCUCUGCGUGGUUCCCUGACAGGGACCGGUCCGCUAGAUGCGCUCAUUACCUUCACAGAGCCAGUUACCAUAAAUUGGGAGGGUCACGACAUCGCGCAGAUCGAUCUUGAUUCAAUCUGUGCAGCAGCUAACGAUGGGGUGCCCAACUACGAGACUCGAGCAAGGUUAACGAUAACAGAUCAAUCACAAUUUACUCAAUUUGCGAUCUACCUACUCCAUAACGAGGAAUUCUCAUGGACGAUAUCAACCGAUAAACUUCGGCUAAUUGCAUUAGGAACUAUUUUCGAUGAUGUAUCACUAGAGAAGAACCUCACUUUCAAGGCGUUCAAUAACCUACCCGGUGUUACAAUCAGCAACUUUGGCUUGCCAUCCGAUGACACAGACGGGGGCAUUCAUAUCGAAACAGAUGUGUCAGUACCAUCACCGUCGCAAAUUGGUAUUGACUUAGGAACAGUCGUAUUCCAAUCAUAUUAUGAGGGAACGCUCGUUGGACCUCUGACAGCGACUGACUUUAUUCUUACGGCUAGCUCAGAGACUGCAUCACAUUUCUCUGGGCGCAUAAUGCCUCAAAGCGGUGAUGACCUGAACACCGUCGGACGGCUGUUCUCUGCCUUUUUGGCUGGAGAAAAUUCCACUUUGAUAACGACCGGCGAUUCUGUCCAGCCCAGUGAAUCAACGGUGGAUUGGCUUAGUGCUGCGUUCAAGACUCUAUCUCUUAAUGUUAUUUUAUCCGGUCAAAUAUUCAACGUCAUACAAUCUGUGGAGCUCUCAGAUUUGGAAGUAACAUUACAAAGUGACGACCAGACUUGGGCACCUCUAACGGGUUCCCGCAAUACAACAGCGACGUACAAAAAUCCCUUCGGAUUCUCUUUACAAGUGUUUGAGGCUGCACAGAAUAUUGUGAUGACUUCAUCGGAUGGAACGGAAAUAGCUUCACUUACAUUGCCGAAAAGCACUGUAGUUGGUGGUGUGUCCACAGGCAAUGUGGCGAAUCUUAACAUUAAAUGGGAGAAUCAACCCCUGAAAUCCCUCAACGACGAAGCAUUCGAAGCAUUGUUCGCCGCUGUAACCCUGCUCGACCAGGCAGGUCUCAAACUUAAAGGAACGGCGGAUGUUACAGCUCACACGGCAAUCGGGAACGUACCUAUUUCUAGCAUCUCCCUCGACGUGCCGUCAUCUUUGAGGGGUAUGAACUCCUUCGGGGGUUCGGCGACUUUAAGCAACGUAUCUGUUUCUGGCAGUGGGGGAGAUGGAGGAAGUGAGUAUAUCGUUUCGCCCCUGACGACGACAAUACAGAAUCCGUCCAAUGUGUCCCUCUAUACGAUUGAUAUUGUAUUGCCGGUCAUGUAUGAAGGUGUGAUGAUUGGAAGGGCGGCAGUUGAUUCGUUUGAUUUGCUGCCAGGAGAAAUAGCUUUUUCUACAGAGUUCCACUAUCAGCCCAGAGAUGCAAACGAUACAACAGCUGAAGCCUUCUUGACACGAUUCUUGACCACUGGAGACGAUAUACCUCUGACGAUUCAUGGCGAUGCCCAAAGCACACCAUUUACAUCACUCCAGGAAGCUCUAGGAGGGCUACAACUGACGACGACACUUCCAGGUAUGGGGCAGUCGAACAUCGUCUCAAGCAUUCAUGUUAUCAUCACGCUCGACAGUCUCGUUACGAAUCUCGUCACUGUCACUGUCUCGAUUCACAACCCACUAGAUACUCCGAUGGUGAUCGAGUACGCUCAGUCUGAAGCAGCCGUUGAAGGAGUUGUCUAUGCCUCCUUUGGACAUUUGUUCGGAGAAGACUUUGUCAUUCUACCUGGGGAGACUACAGUGUCUCCUGCGAUUGAUGGAGUGGUGCUCACGCAGGGUGCUCUGGCGUCUUUAGACAUCAUACCAUUGGGAUACCUCGACGUCUCUACGGCAAACACGGUCAGGAUAGGGAUGGGCGGGUACCAGGUACCAUGGUUAAAGUUGGUGCAGGAUCAUGUGCCAACGACGUAUGACUUGGAUUUGUCGGUUGCCGAACUGAAGGUGCAGGCGGAUAGCUUGAGUGCAUCCUCUGUUGAAGCUACGGCAUCAACUUCGGCACCUUCGGACAGUUCGUCUAGUGGGACAUUAACGACUGUUUCGUCAUCAUCAUCUGUGGCGCAUGCGACAGCUCCAGUUACGGCUGCUACGGACACGAGCUCAGUGAACGAGUCUCCUGCUCCGACAUCUUCAGCAGCGACAUCAGAAGUUGCUGGGAGUCUAACGACGAAGUUACCGCAAAGCGGUAAUACCACUGACAUCGGUGAUUCCAGUACUGGAGUUAUGAGGCCUCGGAAGACUGACAUUCCGUAAUCCUGACUAUUGACGCACCGAUGGCUCUUACCGUAGUGAUUCAUAUCCGGACAUGUUGCGUUACGCUUAUCUUCCAUUGCACAGACACACAACUUCAUGUUUUUUACGAUCGUAAUUUUAUUCAUAUCAGUACUCCAGUUUAGUGCUUCGCGUACUACGGUUUGCUUGUAUAGCGGGCAUAAACUUAUGUUGCACAUAUAAACUUUUUUUCUUCAUCGCGUCCGCGAAUGGAUCAGGGACUUUGACUUUACCUCUCC